UACGGCCCUCUGCAACGAAACGUGUUCGCCUAGAUGGAUUCUUCUUCUUGUAGCGGCAUGUUAUUGAUAUAAAGCGGUUCAAUAUCUUAUGAGAUGAUUGGUCAGCUUGAAAUGCGCGAUGCUUUGAUCUUCAUCGUGAACUUUUGGCUGUGUCGCAAUCUUGCAGACCAUUUUAGCGAACUGACUCGAUCCCAUGGCAUGUGGGCCUGAUGUGUAAAGUUACAAUUAUCGAAACGACCCUGAAAAGGAGCGAUCUGUUGUUUUUUGCUUUGGUAUUUGGCUCAACAACUCAGCCAUGGUAGCCGAGUGGAUAUCUUGUCUUGAAAAACGGUGAGUUCGAUAUUCUUAUUUGUUCCUAUUACUUCAGUAUUAUGUACAUCGUUAUUCCUAGAGGACGGGCCAUUAUCUCAUUAACUAGUAAAAGUUAUAACUUAUACGAGUAGGAAAGAAUGUCUACAAUUUCCUUUAGGGUCCCCAUUACUCCGAAAAUACGGUAUAAAAUUCUAAAACAUCAGCAAUUUAAUUAAAUAGUUAAAAUCGAAGAGCUAAAAAACCUUGCAUUAGAUUGAAUAAAAAAUUGAAAAGGAAAAAACAAUGUGAAAUAAAGAGAUGUAAAAUAUCUUAUCUGAUUUGGACCAUGUAACAAGGAAAUUCAUUUAAUCGAAAGUCCAGCUGAAUGACAGGAAUCUGCAUACAUUAUAAUAUUAGUACAAUUAAAAUUCCUUUGCUUUGAUGUAAACUUAAUUCGUCUUUUCUUUGAUCCAGGCAGAAUUUAUUACAUCAUGUCGCCAGUUCGACCGACUGUAUCGUAUCGCUCUUACAAUAACACAAUCGGGAUUGUUCUAAAUUUGAUGAUUGUAGUCGAGGCCUAUCAACUUCCUGUAUCCAACUAAAAAAUGCAUGAUUAGACGCAUAUUUAGAACCUACGAGACGGUUAAUUUGAACAGUAUAACUUUAACGCUAGUUGCUUUCCAAUAAACAAGUCUUAAAGUCAAAACAACUAACAUAACCCGCACAAUCAGAGUAUAAUUAUCAUGAUAUUAAUAGUUCAACUUAAUAUGUAGUAUUGUACUUAUUUACAUGAUAGUGUUUUCAUUUUUUAAAAUUUUUUGUAUUUUAUUUUACGUUGCAAUUAAACGUUACAAUAAAAUAAUUUACACAAAAGAAAGUCUGUUACGCUCCUCCAAAUAACAGCUCACUCGACAGUAACUGAUAGCUUUAUUUUGUUGUGGGUUUUAAAGAAACCUCUUGAAAACUACCCGAGCAUUGCAAAUUAGACAUAGAUGAAUACUGGCCCAACCUGCUGAAUUUACGAAAAGAAAAAGGAAACGAACUGGAUGGCAUGGCACCUAGUUUCUGCUGGAAUUUUGCGGUGCAUUUUAUACUUAAAAAUCUUAUAAUACCACUUUGAUAGUCGACUAUAACUGAUCAGUAAAAGACAACUUGGAAUAAUGAACCUUUCUAGAAACUUCUAUUUUAAAUUAGGAACCAAUUCCAUAAUAUAGCAAUAAUAUCAACAAUUAAACUUAAGCAAUUUCAAAUCAUUUAUCACAACUAACCUUGGCCAAACACUUUUGACGUCAGACGUGAUUUUAGAGAGAUUAGAGAGAUUAAGAUUCACGUUUACGACAAACGGCAAACGUGACUCUGUACCACGUGACCAAGUGUUUCCCUUAAUUGUCGACAAGUGUUUAUUACUUCAACUAAAAAAUAAGUAGUUUCACGCCAGUUUUAUACUUAAGAACUGUUCUGGACAUUUUUUAUCUGCUUAUUUUCUAUUCGGAGGAAUUCUUAACAUGAAUCUGACGUAUGCCGUUUGGCGUAAACGUGAAUCUUAAUCUCUCUAUUAAAAUCACGCUGACGGCAAAAGUCAGUUUUAAUCUCGCACCAAGUUUCUCCUUUACUUUUCGUCUUUGUUGAUUAUAUCUUGAGAAGCAAUAGUAGUUUCGAUUCCGAAUCAUCCAUAAAAAUAUUUUCCACAGUUUUUAUCUGCUCACCAAUCCUAAUUCAAAAAAUUGUCAAGUUGAAUCUGACAUUUGUCGCUUACCCGUAAACGCGACUCCGUAUCUCUCUAGUAAGUUUAGUACGGAUAUGAAACGUAGGCCAAAUAAAUUUAAAUUUCAUAUAUUUUUUUUAAUUAAUACAUCUUUGAAAACUUCUUCAGAAAUUACAAACUGCCCUAGAAAUUUCGGAUGAAUUUCAGUACCGUAGAAUUUUACUUCAUCUUUGGAGUAUUUGAAUAAAGUUAAUUAAAACUAGUGCCAGUGUUUGAGUGCCUAAAAUGGCUACCCGUAAUUAUAAUACGAAUAAGCUUACGUGAUUAGGUAAUAAGACUUUAGUUUCUUCGGCACCAAUCAGUUUAUAGAUACAAACGGUUACCAUUGCUCCCAGUUCUUAGCAAUUGGCUGGAACCUCGACUAUGUCAGCGUAGCACUAUUUUUCCAUUCCAUUCCACAGGCAUAUCUGUUUUAUCUAUUUAGCUCUUUACCCCUGUUGAUAUCACUAUCUUUACCAUGGUGCGAUUGUAUCGUGCGACUUUACUCCUUCGCGCAAGAAAAGAACGGUCAUCGAAAUUAGGGAAAGCGAGUACAUCCUUGCUGUCCAUUAAAAAAAGCACGUUUAAAGGUCUACUCACUCGUGUUAUAAUACCAAUAACGGCGUCUUUUUCAUUUAGACCUGCAGACAGGACAGGUGAAGAUCUGGACAUCGUUCACGCCAAACUAAAGGUACACAAUAGCUAUUUGUUAAAAGAAGUUGUCGAGGGAUGAAAUAAUUCAAAAAGGAAAGACGGCAAAUAUUUUCUGGAAAUACCUAUAAUCCGUAACUGUUUUUCAGAGAGCUAAUAAAACGUGUCCAUUUCCACAAUUCGUUUCGACUCCUUGAAAUCGUAAACAAAUUGUAUAGAACAUUUUAGGAGGACCCACCCACAAUGUGAGCACAAUAAUGCUAAGGCAUAUGGGUUACGUAAUUAAGAGAACGUCGCAAAGAAAAUUAAAUGUAUUAAGUGAAAUAAGGAACUAAACACACACGUUAAUCAAAUAAGUAGAUUGAUUCAAAUAAAAAAGAAGGGACUGGGAUGUUCGUCGUCUCGCUUUGGGGUGCAAAUUGCAGAUUUUGGUCUCACUUCAGGUGUUUGGGACUGAAAGCUAUUAUAUAUUUACACAGUCAGGUAUCGCUUAGUACUGUGCAUAAAGAAAUUUACAAAUUAUGCCCUGACACUGACCAUACAGAAAUCUCCCUGAGGGGUCAGUUUAAGUUUGAGCCACACCCUCAUUGGUUCCCUUUAGGGGUUUAAUUUGAAUUUUCCAACGAGCACGCAUCCCCGUCACUCGAGGGCUAACUAAAGGCGAAAACACGGACAACCAUGUAGGGCGAAACGAGAAAAAAAAAAAUAGGUAAGUGGAAGACGGUUUGGAAAGAAGGGAAUCGAGACUGAUAUAGGCCAAGGAUAAAUUGAAAUGUGACUGCUUCCAAGCCAUGAUAGUUCCAGCGAAAAUGACUAGCUUUUCGUCUUUUUACUUGCACAGAAGAGGGAGCGUAAGUAGCAACUUAGUUGUACCAAUGGGAGUAGGUAAUAAUUUUGCGAGUUGGUUUUAUUUCUUACGUAAUCGAGCUUUUAUGGGAGUGUAAGAUACAAUAUAUGCCAUAGGCAGUAAGUGGAUAAUAAAAGGGAGUCUUUUAAACAAGUCUCGAUCAAUUACACGAAUUUGAGUGAGCCGAUUCAGAAAGAGUUGAGACGUAAAAAUAGAGUUAAAGUAAUUAACCGAUUUCAAUCGCCUUCUUUCUUCAUAGGAACUGCGAGUUUUUGAUCGAUUUCACACGACGGUACUUCAUCAGCUCUGUUACUAUGCAUACUAUCAAGACCUGGAAGAAAGAAUUACUUGUAAGUAAGAUUGGCUCUUUGAGCGAACGUAGCUCCCAUUUAAGUCGCUGUGGUAAAACGAGCUCCAUGUAACUCUACAUUACCACUAAAAAUAGAUUUAGCCAAGGCUAAAAGCGAAUCUCUUUCGAGCACUAUUAAACACAGUCUUGUUAAAGAAAAGUUUUGUGAGCCUGCGUUCAAUUGAAAACCUUAAUGAUCAGCGAACAACUUAAAAAAACACGUCACCUCAAUGAGCUGUACACCUGAGCCCGCAAUAAAGUCGUGUGAAGCUGGUCAGCGGGUACUGGUAGCCUAUUUUGACAGAUGUCAUUUAAUCAUAUAGGUUUGUAAACGCAAUUUGUAUAUGCUAACAUAAAGGGGCGGACAGACGUACCGAUGAUUUGGCGAGAACCUAUUUUUCUUACCCAUGAUGCUCCGCCUCGCGCUCGAGAGAGCUUCGCUUUAAAGGAAAACGAACCAGGAUUUUAAACAAUCUGUUAAUAGUACGACUGCAGGUGGUGACGAGCACUUCAGCUUGUGAGAAGUGCCGACAUGAAACUCUUAUAAAGCGGAAAACUACUCUACAAUUACUUAAAAAAAAUUUUCUGCACACUAACAUGGUUGCCCAGCUCUCUUGUUUUCUACACAAUGCCCGGCGUGACAUCUAUAACAGAACUGAAUUAUGCCAGUGGAUUAUGUAAGAUUUAGUUACUAUUGAAAUGAACUCAAAGCUAAUUAUUGUUGAAGUGAUAUUUUAAGGAUUGAAAAGUUCGUCUUUCAAGCUUAAAAGUAAAUCAUAGCUGGAUAAAGUUAUCAUACUUACCAAUUGAGUGGAUCCUAUGUGUUGCAUCGGCUGCUAGCAAUUCGCGGAAAAUGUUUUCAUAAUUUUUUUUUCAUGGUUUUGCAUUACUUUUCUAUCUAAUAGUGUUUCGCCAAGGGGACAUUGGAUGCUACUGGUACGCCGUUCUAUCAGGAACACUUGAUGUUUACGUGUCAAGCUCUGGGAAAUUCGAGGUACUGUUUCGGAUGUUCCAGCACCUCGAACCCAGAAAUCUGACAGGAGAUGCCUUAUAUCCGAGUGAACCUAAAUUAUUUCAGUUUAUAUUAAACUUGGUUUCAGUGAUCAAGUUUACGACAGAAAUGUACCGGCGUGCGUCCCUGUUAUAACCAUACUGCCAAUAAUAAAAGUGUCAAAAACUGCGAACGGGACGGCUGACGGGAUUGAACAAGUCAGUUGCUCCUCAAAUAUUCCUCACCUCAUCUGAUCUCCCGCUCGAUUCUUCCUUGUUGUUAUUAGGGCAUUAAAUAUAGUUACGCCGAGCAAAAGAAGAAAUUUAGCUUUCACUUGGAUAUUACGAAGUAUAUCUUCCUAAGUCAUCGUGGCAGUCACUGUUAUUAUUAAAUACAUAUGAUAUAGAUACAUUUUCUGCCUGAUCGCAUUUAGUUAAAAUAAUGAAGAUAAUUGUGCAUAAACUAAUUUUUAUUUAUCAACCUAAUACACCAGGAUGCGGAGGUCAUUUGCAGCCUGGGGCCUGGGAAGGUGUUUGGUGAGUCAGUCCUGGAUGAUACUCCAAGGUAUUGUUAAUAAUAAUAAUAACAAUGGGGAAAUAUAUACAACAAAUCCCUGGUAACAUAAAAAAAAAUGAACUACAAAGGAUCACACUAAGACUGGUGACUAGACACAAAUUCAUAUUUACUGCUCUCUUCUUACGGAGCUUUUUAGGGAUAAUGAAACAAAUAAUUCAGAUUGAACACAACUUAGUUAAAAACCCAACUAUAGUACGGAGGCGAAGAAGUUGUCCAUUUUUACAAGUGUGGUCAAGGAUUUGUACAUGGGCCUGCCGAGAAAAAUCCAUCUAGUACACGGGGAUUAACGCUAAGAUUAGCGCUCUAACAGUUCGGCCACACUUCCUAGUCUUACUAUCCCUGUAUUCCUGACAUUUAUUUUCAAACGGGUCUAUUUUCCAAAGCUUGAUUCAAAUAAAGUUUAUUGUUGUUGUUAUCUACAGGCAAGCGACAGUUAUCACUAGUGAAUUCUGUGAGCUGUUACUAGUGGAGAAAAGGGAUUUUCGGGUCAUAUGGAAGGUACGUCAUUGAAGAUUUCACAGGGGGAUAACAGCGGGGUGGGAAACAGAGAGAACAGGGGACGGUAGAGGCACAGGGAGGCGGAAGAGAAAGAGCGGGAGGUGCGGACGUCUAAAAGGAAUUAAUAUUUCGCCAUAGAAAAAGGGCUUAAGGGAUGAAACCUUGAAAAAAAAAGGGGCGAAAGCUGGCCGGGGGAAUGCAACGUACGGGAGGUGAAAAGUUUGGGCUCACACUGCCUCCUUUAAUUAUUCCGCGGAUUUCAGUUCUUAUAAGGAUAACAUGGAUAAUGCCAGAUAAUACUAAUACAUAAAUGCAAUUCGCAAAGAAGACAAUAGCAGUUAAAGACGCAACUUAUGUAGCUGCCAAAAAAAUUCAGUCUUGCCGAGACUCGAACCCUGACCUCUGCUAGUAUACACCGGUGCAGCGCUCAGUAACCAGCUGAGCAAGCAAGCCAGCUGGGGGCAGCUGCGGGUCAUCAGUUUAGCGAGUUGGUUCGUACUAUAUCUGAAAAAGAUGAAGAUGUAAUGAUAUAUAAUGAAUUUCAUUUUAUUAGAACUUCGGAAUGAAGAAAUAAAUGCAAAGAAGACCAUCACAGUUAAAGUUGCAACUUAUAUUAUGCAGUUGUGAAAAGAAAACGUGAAAAAAUUCAGGUUUGCCACGAUUGCUGACAUUUAAUGAUGUUUCUCUUCCAGCGAAGCAAGUCGUACCUUGAGCAUCUGAUAACAACGACCUCGUCUUUAAAAUCAUAUUCUGGAAUGAAAGGUAUAACAGCAAAAAGUCUCACUUAUAAUUUGUAAAGUAGUGGUUAAUUUUCCCAUAAAUAUGUUAUAAAUGUUAUCCUCUUUCCUUUUUAGAAAAGAAGGAGGAGAACACUGAAGGAAAUGCUUCGGAUAACGACAACUCGGCUACGGUAGGUGCCUGUAGCUAAUAUAGUUUAACUGCGCGCGAGUACCGCAUGAAUGUUUGCUAGUCUGUGCUUUUCUAAAUCCUCCAUACUGCCAGGAAAACAAUAGAACUGGUUAACGAAUGACCAAUAAAAUAGUUUACAGGAUGGUCAGUCAGUCAUAAUUACCUCACAGUCAUCGGUCGAGGUUUGAAUGCGAAAAGAAAUAGGCUUUUUUUAUAUUUCAUUUUAUCAGAUCCGGAGCUUUAGCUGAGUUCUCCCUAAAUGUAGGGUAAAAUAAGUGUAAUCCCUCAUUCUGUUAAUAAAUCAUCACGUUACAUAGACUGUAACGUUUAUAUGGUGUCCAUAUUUACCUCACAGUGCCCCUUUAAAGACUUAUCAGAAGCUGGUAUGGUCCUCCGCCAUAGAAUGAAGCAGUCAUCUAAACUUAUCUGCAAACGAAAGCUUGGUAACCAAGCAGUAAAGAGAUGCUUUGUUGGCUCGGAGGCAAUUGAUUGGUUGAGAAAAAUCAGUCCACUAGUUCACGGCCGUUUCCAUGCCAUUGCUAUGUUGCAAGCCUUGCUGGAAGAAGGAGUCAUCACUCACGGUAAGGUUGACUAGUCAAACUAACCCCAAAAGAAGAGGGGUGGAGUAUGUGGCGUUCCAUAUCCCGAGGGAGUGGUGGUACUCCCAUAAAUUUAGGAUAGGUGUUUGCCGCCCAAGGUCUUAAACCCUGAUCCCAUUUAAGGAUGAGAAAAACGAAAAUAGACACCCUAAUUAAGGCCCAACAACGAAAAAUGACACCCUAUUCAAGGGAAACACACAACACUGCAACACACGAACAUUCAUUAGAUCGCUUUUCGAAUACUCUUCCUAGUACUCUGAAGGAUAUUUCAAUUUUAACAGAAUUUGUUUCUCAUGUGGCUGGGCCAUUCAUGUACAACAAUUUUAGCUGAUACAAUUUAGGUGCCCUGUCUAAGGAUCACACCGGGAACAAAGGAUACACAAUGUCACCAAUGAUAACCCAUUAAGAGUCAAUGUCAGUAAGAAUCAGAGAUAAUCCCAAAAUCACGGACACAGCUCAAAAUUCGUUUUCGCUGAUACUUUUUACAUUGAUAGAGUAUUGUAUCGUAGUUAACAAAAUAGGGUUAGUUCUGUCUAAUGUUUGCGUUCAUAAGGGGAAUUAAAUAAAAUCGGUUGGGUCCGUUUUGCACCAAAAUGACCUCUUUGAUGAACCGAAAUUUUACUAUAUUCGUGACUCUUUCAAGUUUGCGGGGUAAAGCCUAUAAAUGAUUUCUUACUAUGAAUAAAUAGCUUGUCCCUUGGUCAAUUAAAUAUUGUCUAUAAUGACUGAUAAUUUAUUUUAUAUGACUCGUAGAGAGCUUUUCGUUGAAGGCACUUCGUUGCCUUUUCUGAAUCGCUCUAAAGUGACAUAAAAGACUUGCCUAAAAAUCCGGUCGGUACGCCAAAAUAUAUCCUCAGACUAAGCUUUCUCUACAGUUUAAGGAUAGAUGUUUUAUGUUUCAUUUUCAUUUCUUUGGGAUCUUUUUCAGUUUUUCGAUACGACUGCCCCGAAGAUUGCUAAUUUGCAAGAUUUUUCGAUGACCGCCAUAUUGAAACUGCGAGAAAGUACCGUACAAAAUCGUAUUACUUUUGGAUUAAUUGACUCUAAAAUUAUAAGUGCAAGUGAGAUUUAGCUAGGUAUAUCACUAAGUCGCUGCCCUUACGUUAUAUAUAUAUUAAUUAAAUAUAUCACAGGAAAAAAUAACGGAUUCCCAUUUUUGGAUAUUUUUGGGUAUUUAAAGAAUACCCACAAAAAUUCCAAAUUUGGAAGAGUGAGACAAGUCCCAAUAAGGGAACUUGGUUGGAAAUUCCCUGGUUGGGACUUGUCUCACUUUGCCAAAUUUGGGAUUUUUAUGGGUAUUCUUUAAAUACCCUAAAAUAUCCAGAAAUGGGAAUCCGUUAUUUUUUACUUUGGCAGUGGCUUAUAGGAUUGAGACUCCAUGCAUGAUAUCGUGACAUUGAUUUCCUACACGUCACGCACCGACCUUUGACACCGUUAUUAGACUUCACAUAACGUGGAAUAACGUAUGAGCGAUUUCCGCUUUGAAAAGCUCCGCUAUAUAUUCCGUUUCCUUUAGAGGAAAGGACUUCACGAACUCUUUUUUUUUUGACCGCACGAGGCCAUUAUGCAAAUACAGAACACCUGUGUAAAUAGUACAUCGCGACUUCGCGGUUGUCAACGCGGCAUUUAAACUGAAACAAUAAAAAAUCUAUGGCGAAAGAUCCCUUCAAAACUGAGAAAACUUUGAUUUGGACUGGCGUAAAGUCCCUUAAAAUGAAAAUUGGGAUUGAGACUGGCAUAAACAAGAUGCAUCAAAAAUAUAGUUACGUUUGCAGCACUUGAUAAUUAAAUUACUUUGGCGUAUUUUCAACCGGUAUUGUGUUAUCAUUGUUUCAGUCUACAAGUCUCUCUCCGAAAAACUAAUUUUCACCGUAAAUUUCUCAAGGAAGUAAAAUAGCGCCGAGUUAAUGGUUAAACGUAAACGUUGACUUACAAUAUUGAGCGAUGGCGUGUACCUUCUCACUUUUGGUCGGUGGAGAAUGCGGGGCUGAUCCAAAGUCAAAGACUGCGUCACGUAAAAUCGUGCCCUUGGUAUCAUGCUGAAAGAAUAUAUCGAGCCACAAAAAACAGCUUCAAUUCAGUGGCUGCGAAACGGAAAUUGAGCUUAUUCUAGCCCGCAGUGGUUGUUUCCAAACGCCAGAAAAUAUCCACGACAUGACUAUCUGUCCACUGCACCGCGCUAGUUUGGGUAUUGGGUGGCGAAGGUCUAAGCGGGUAUGCAGUGUUCCAGGCAAACUCUCUGGACACAGUGAAGAAUCCAAGAAAAAUGCCGAGCGGGGUUGUAGCUUGGCUCAGUCGAAGUACAUAUUGGAAGCCACUGGUGAAUUCAUUCCAGUUGGUUCAGGUAAAUAUCAUCCUUCUUCUUUUGUACUACUUGCGGGAGUAAAACAUUUGGUUAUAACGUAUGACGUCCGUAUAACACAUCAAACAUAUCUCUGCCGUCGUUAAAAUGGUGAGUCAGUUCAGUUAGCUGGGUUGGCCCGUUUUAUUGGAAUGGUUCGGCUAAUACCUUGGUUCCCUUUAAAAUUUCCGUUUUGUUAAUAUAUGAAGCCGGACUGACCCACUUGCAGAAAUCUCUCCUCAGGCAACCAGUAUCUCGCCAGCCUGGUCUCUCAUAUAAACAUAGCAGAAAUUUUAUAAGGACACAGCGUAUAAGCCGAGCCAGCCGGAUAAAGCAGGCAAGCUGGGCUAAUCGGGCUGGCUCACUUCACAUAAACAGGCCUUUAACCCUAUGUUCACACUAUGCAAGAUAUCUUUGUUCCGCCAAGAAAACCAAACCCGGGAUAGGGCUUUUGUUCACACUCAAAAACUGUGAUUUCGGCGCCAUUUCUGGAAAGGAGCCAAGCUGCGCCUUACCGAUUUCGAAGGGUAGCCUCGCAUAUAGUCUACGUAGCUGGCGGUUUUUGUGAUGUGUGUUUUUUUUCUUCUUUUGUGGUUCGCAAAGUAAGAAUUACAGCCGAGCGAUACGCUGAACCAAGGUCGAAAAAGAAAACGAUGAGAGAGGGGCGUGUGUAAAAAUGAUAAAUGGCAUAGCAAGAAAUCAGAAAUGCAAGUGCGGGUGAGAAAAUAUAAAAAAAGUGGGUUAACAUUUUUGUAAUUUUUUAUAUUUUUUUAGCGAUUUGUACUAAGUGUCGAAAGAACCUGACGAAACAAGCACAUACCCCUGAAAGCAGCCUGCCACAAUCAGAUUUUGACGAACUUACAGAGCAUCUAGGUGAGCUUACUCUGGUAAGUAUGACAUUCUAUGAUUUACGUCUACAAACUACAAAGAUCUUUCCUUGUAAUAUUAGAAACCGUACGUAGCUAGUUUGAAUCCAAUUUUGAGUACGUUCAAACUGUUUUAUGUUUGUACUGACAACAACGAAACUGGAAGAAGAAGUAUUUUGGGGUCUUACUUCAGACUUUUGAAUUUUUUUUUUAAUUUUGUGAAAUUUUAGGCGGAAACUGCAGCAGCCCAAGUAAUUCAUGUUGAUGAAAGAAGAGAGAGUAUAUUCAUCCCAGAAUCGGAUUUGGAAGGUUCUGAUUUUGAGAACACACCGCAUAGAAGCCAAGUAGACACGGCAAAAGAGCCUUUAAAAAAGUUAAACGAUUUUUUAGCCUCUCGUGAUGUUAGCCCUGUUCGACAUAAGUUGUCCGUUCCAUGGGAAAGUGCUAACGAGCGCACAAAGAGAAGGUACAGCCGUAAAGCAAAACAAAGUGUUCAAGAGGUUAUUGAAGUAAUUUCUCCAGGACAAAGUGAUAAAUUAUUGACCACAUUAGGUGAAAGCUUACCAGCUGAAAGAACACAAGCCGAGGAAGAAAUUUUAGAAGCCUUAGCAGAAAGCUAUUUAAACGCAACUCACUGGAGCACGAGAUGACAAAUUUUGUCCAUCUUGGCAGAUAAACUAUCGCUUAAGGAACUGACGCAUUACAUUCCCGGGGUGACGCCUUACAGAUUUAACAUCGCGCGGCAUCAUAGACUGUUACAUGGUAGAGGUGCGAUCGUACCUACUGAUAUCACUAGGCGUAUGAAGGUUGAUUUUGCCAGAGUUGAUCAUUUUCUCGACUUUAUUACAAGUUCCCAUAUUGUACAAGACAUGCCAUUUGGAGAAAAGAUGCUGAAGCUUUCAACAGGGGAGGUGAUUAAAACACCUAACGUCGUACGGAUGCUAAUUAAUGAUGUUGUGAUUGAAACUAAAGAUAAUAUCAUACUUCGAGGAGUAGUGUUAGAUUCUAAGCUAAAUUUCUCUGAGCAUGUAAUCUCUAUCUGUAAAAAAGCCAGCCAGAGAAUUGGUGUUCUAAUGAGACUACGUAAUCUAAUUCCUAUGAAAUCUAAGUUAAUAUUAUUCAAAAGCGCGAUAUUACCAUUCCUCACGUACUGUCACCUUGUGUGGCAUUUUUGUAAAGCGAGUGACACUCGAAAGCUUGAAAGACUACAAGAAAGAGGACUUAGAGCGGUUUUCAAGGAUAAUAAUUCUAGUUAUGAACAACUAUUAGAGAAGGAAGAUCUGCCAACACUACUAAAUAGUCGCUUACAGGAUCUGUGCAUCCUUAUGUAUAAAGUAAAGCAUAAACUGUGCCCUGCAUAUAUAAGUAACAUGACAUCUUUAAAGAACCAAAUAGUAAUUACGAUCUGAGGCAAGCAGAUUUCUCUAUACCUAGAUAUGAGACAUUCACCUAUGGCAAGCACUCUAUUAGAUAUCUAGGGCCUAGGCUAUGGACAAAACUACCCAAGAGUAUCAGGGACGUCACAACCCUAACGUCGUUUAAAAGCAAGAUACGCCAACUCAAUAUAAGUGAACUUUUAGAUGAUGGCUGAGCAGGCUGUAGCCUUUGUUCAUUUUGACUUCUGUAUAUUUGUACUAUAAAUCUCUUAAUUAGUUAACUAUAGAUAUUUUACCUACUACUGUAUAUAGUUUUUAGUUUGUAUAUUCUCCCCUAAUUGGUGUCCCCAAAUUAGUAAGGGAUUUGUUCCCUGGCUAGACGGCUUUUGACACUUUAAUAAAGUUUCUAUCUAUCUAUCUAUACCAGAACGGAUAACACAACAGUAUUUUCAGUUUUGUACCGAGACCAAUUUCACUCCGAUGAGCAAGCGCACACAACUCCGAGUACUAGACGUUUGCUCUGCGUCAGUGCGCACCUCUCUGCAGGGCUCUUAGAACUUCUCUGCACAAGGCAGUAAGGCAAUAGAAGAUCUUAGCGAGAUAUAUAGUAGACAAGAUAGCAGAUCAAGCAAAGUCACAAGCCUGGGCCAAGGAAAUGAAACAAACACUUCGGUCUGCCAAACAAUAUCUGCGGUCUGAUUACAAGGUAAGACUGUCUUAAUAUUUGGUUAUUCUUUUAGUAGAUUAUUAACUUUGUACUUUGGCUGGAUUGAUGCUAAAUUUAAGCGAAUUGGUCAUAAACAUGAAAGUCAACUUUCUCUGGCUGCAUUGUACUAACUAGUAUUGAGGCUAAACCUCGAAACAUUGAUUAAGCGGAAGCUAUCUUCAAUUUGCGCCCUUUAAGCGGUUCGGACAAGCUUUAAUAAGUUUCAAACUUCUUUUACUACUUUUAAAAGAUUUUACCCUAAAGCAGCUGAUAUUAAUAACGAAAAAUCAUAGUAAAAAUUAUGAUGAUAGUGAUAACUAUGAUAAUGAUGACGAUAAUAAUCUUUCACAUUUUAGGUGCACGUUACAAUGGAAUCAGAAGUUGCAGAUCACUGUUUAACGUUUUCCCUAAGUGAUCCUAAAAAUAGUUGUUUUCAAGGAAAGUGUAACCAUAACCACGAUGAGGUCUGCUACGAAUGCAAUAAAUUAACCGGGGUGCUGUCUACCAUAAAAGAAGCGUGCGUAGAACUUCAGUCUGAAGAAGAAAGAGAUGACAGUAUCUGUUUAGUGGCUCAAGCUGAAAAGGACAUUUUGGCAUGGAAAGCUCACCAACUCCGAACAGUUAACCAGGAUCAAGCAAAACAUGACGUGUUAGAUGUCAUAUGUCGGAGUUCAGCAUUAUUAGUUAUGGACUGGGCGCGAAAGUUUCGCGAAUCACAGUGUGACUGGUUCGCCAAACGUGGUAUUCCAUGGCACAUCACAGUGGAUUUUACAAGAUCAGAAGCAAAUGCCCCGCUUGAGAAGCUCACUUUUGUCCACCUGUUUCAGAGUUGCCCUCAGGAUAGCGUUGCAGUAACCGCCAUUUUACAAGAUGUUAUCGAGAUGUUAAAGGAGCGUCGGCCACAACUGCAAAAAGUGUAUUGCAAACAGGACAACGCAGGAUGUUAUCAUUAUGGGUCAACAAUUGUAGGAAGCAGGUUGAACAGUCUUUCUGAUGUCAAGGUGGAGAGGUUCGACUUUUCAGAUCCACAAGGGGGCAAGGGAGAAGCCGACCGCCAGGCCGCAUCAAUUAAAGGACAUAUCGAUGUGAACAACGCUGCACAGAUGAAAGAAGCCAUUGAAUCAAAUGGCGGUAUUCCUGGGGUUAUUGUGAAGUAUGUGAAGCCUCCCGAACUAUCUGCUGGCAAAAACGAGAUCAGAUGGGACGGAAUUAGUACGCUUAAUAACUUCCAGUUUUGUCCAAAUGGUAUCACAACAUGGGAGGCUUAUAACAUCGGGCCCGGAAAGCUGGUAACAUGGAAGGACAUUCAAACCGAUGGUAUCUUUCCUGCUACACUUGAAGUUUUGGAGCCUCCUGAUACCCGCUCUCAGCAGUAAAGCUUUAGAAAAAUCAAUCCUAGAAAGGAAGUGCAGCAAAAAUCUUUGUCCGAACAACGGCUGAGUAGUCCUGACCAGCAAGAGACAGCAGGACAAGACAUGGAUGUAGAAAAAGAGAAAGAGGAAGUAAGCGGCCUUUUUACCUGCCCAGAAGAUGGGUGUAUUCAGACAUUCCAGCGGUCCUCAAGUUUGCAAGCACAUUUAGACGAAGGAAAGCACAAGCGCGCGCUAGAAAAAGAAACACUGUUUGACAAAGCCAGAAAAGGAUACGCUGCGAGAAUAACUGGAGAGCAAACGAAAGUUCCAACUUUUGGCUUCUACACGACAUCAAAAAUCUCAGUUGAUAAACUACAUUCCACACUUGAGAUGGGAUGGGCUCUUAAAACUACAAGGAGUAGAACCCAGUUUACAGAAGAACAAAGAAAGUUCCUCACAGAACAGUUUCUCAUCGGGGAGGAGUGUGGUAAAAAGGCAAAUCCACAACAGGUAUCGCAAGAAAUGCGAAGAGUGAGGGACGAAAAGGCUGCUCGUAUUUUCAGUGGAAAGGAUAUUCUUUCGCCACAGCAGGUGGCAGGAUUCUUCUCAAGACUGGCAGCAAGGAUUCGAAAAACGUCAGCAACAUCGAACGAAGAAAGUGGAAGUGAAGACGAAGGGCAGUGUGCAGUCGAGGCAGAGGCCUUACAUUCGCACCUAAAGGAAGUUGUCAGCGAAGAAAUUGCUUUACGUCACCCCAUUGUCGCCCUUUCCCGUAACAUUUGCAGUUUGGUUCAUACAAAGAAAUUAUCUACCUUAACAGUUGCAGUGCUAAGGGACAUUUGUGAAGAUAUUGGCUUAAACGUGGAUGAUAUCACGGAAAAACGAAAAAAGCCACUUAUAAGUCGUAUCACGCAGGUCGUUAAGGAGUGCUCUUGUGCUCGAGUGUAAUCGACUAGAACAAUCGAGCUAAGAAAUUGUAAGCUUGUAUCCUGUUAUAACACCAACCUCGUUCCCAGGGUUAUCUCCUACCGGGUAGGAGAGAACCCUGGGAACGAGGUUGUAAAAAUACGUGAUUAUAACUUAAGUUUUCAGGGACCACGGGUCAGGCAAAAUGCAAUGCCCUAAUGCAUCAAUCAAUUCCAGCUGCACCUAGUCCCUCUCCCCCGACUGCGGGCCACUGUGGGAUAUUUUCCCCCUUGUCGGUCCCGGGGGUAGGGCAUUAGCAAAUUUUGCCUUGCCCGGAGGUCGGCCAUUGGCCAACCCCGGACCACCCCGGAGGUCAGCCCGCGGGGACUGUACGCAGCUGCAAUUGAUGCAUAAGUUCACAGCUCAGAUAAAGAGACUGUACUUUUAAUGCCCACUCGUUUAACCGGAAUUUCCUUGCUUCUGAACAAUGAACAACAAGAACAAAUACAAGAUAAGGGAAAGAAUUGCGAACCAAUUUUGUUUUUCAGCAGAGGCUUUGUACAUAUUAGCAGACUGCGUGGUUUUUGACCAGGCAAAAAAACUGACAGCAGCUCUGGUGACGAAAAAGAAGUUAGUCACCCCAACUUUUUCUUUUAACGAAGGAUUGAUAUUUGAAAACCAGUAGAUUUUCAAAGGCAUGCAUUUUCUCCGUCAUUUCUAAAAAAAUGUUGGUAUUAGUUUCGGUUUGAUAUUUCUAGAUAUAUGUGUGAUUAUAGUUAAAGUUGAGAUCAUUUAAUUUACCCACAUAAAUUUAAUUUAAAAAUUGCAGCCUCUGAUUUAGACCGGUUUAGUGAAGGAUUCACUUUGUUAAGUCAGGAAAGUUUCUUAAAAUGCCGAAAAGGAGUUUGAGGAGAAUUUCAUUUCCGGUUCAUUUGUCACACAUAUUGCGUGACAAAUGGAAUAUUGUUAUACGAGAUGCGGGAUGGAGAGUUAAAAGUGCCCAUGGAAUGAGACUUAUCAAAACUAAAAUUGAAACGGAUGAGUAUUGAAAGCUCAAGCGAAGGGUACACAAGUGAGACUCAGUGAAGAGCGUCAAAGUCCAAACGUUGCCCGAGUCACAGCACGGAGUCACUUUUAGUCUUUGCAGACUACGAUUGUAGACAGUAAUCGCCGAAGUAUGGUGCGUUUCUUGCUGCUUUUUCUUGACAUUGGACUUGAUUACAGGUAAAUUUAGUUGAUCUUAAAGCUUAUGGGAGAUUCUUUAGUCAAAAGAAGUGAAAAAAUAUGUACCGUUCGAUGCCGUAGCGGUGACUUCCGUUUCGCCUGUUUCGGUAAUGUAAGACAUUCCAAGAUGGCGGAAGGUGGAAUUGUGCUCACUUUAAGAAGUAUUUGUCAAAAAAGUACGAAAGAUCCCAAAAAUAUAAGCUUGUAGAAAGUUAAAACUAUCCUUUUAAAGAAUACCAAAAGGUUUUCUGGUGUGAUUCGUUGCGUACCGCGGGUAUUUCUGACAUGCUGUUUUGACCAGCCAUUGCACCAAAUUCGAGAAGGAUGUUGGUGUGCUUCUUUAAAAAAUCAUAUAUUUUUUGUGAGCAGCGUUAGCGAGUUGUUUUGGGAAUCAGUGGACUGAAAUAGCUUUAGAUUAACUGUAUAUCCGUGAAGACAUCUUAAAACAAUCGACUAAAUGACUCAAUAACUUCGUGAAAGUUGGCAAUUUUCAAGGUUAUUACGACGAAAAAUACCGUUUACAGUUAAAAUCAAAUUUCUUUGAAAUUAAACAAUAUUUAGCCAAAUAAACCUUGAUUUCAUAUGUAUAGUACCUGGGCCUACCAAUGUACAAAGUAUAGGCGAAAUCAAAUUUUGAGCUCUGUCCGCCCGAUCUUUGAUCCUUACUGACAUCAACUCUUAAUAGAGCACUCUAUAGGCCUAUAUGUACCACUAUGUAUCUAAGCAACAUAUAUGAAUUUCUCUGUUCUAUGUCAAACCUGAACUGUUGUUUCAAGAGGUGAAAUAUACAAUAUAUAUACAAAAAAAAAAACUUACUCAAUUAAUUCAUGCCCUGGUUUCAAAGAACCCAGACCCAAACUUUACAAUCAGGGCCCAGUUGUUCAAACAUUGAAUUGCACUAUCCACCGGAAAAAUCUCUACCCAGUGGAUAAGUAUUAGGGAAGCCAAUUGCGUUAUUCAUUAGACAGAGAUUUAUCCGACUAAUAGGGAAUUAUCCAUCAUUCAAACAACUGGGCCCAGGAGUUACAGACCAUACCCUGUGACCAACAGUGCUGAUUACAACUAUAGUGAUACUUUUUUUAUAAUUCCCAACAAGACAAACGGAACGUAAUAACCUCAGAUAAUCUAUUUUAUGCAUAGUCGAUGGUUCUGAGUGUGAAUUCAAAGACAAAGACAUUCUUUACCGGUUUGCUGUUGAUGAGAAAGAAGAGGGCGAGAAGCCUGGUGACGAAGAAUACACUGAGGAAGAUCUUGAUGACGCACUGCUCAUGCUCAGUAGGUCUGGACCUGAUGCACAGCUGCGAUUGGCGCUGAGAAAAAGGUGAAGUAUUCCUCACAGAAAAGCGGAUCUCUAGUUCUUGGAUAUCCCUUGACCAUAGAAAUUUGAUGAUUAUGACCUUUGUCAAAAAUUAAGCUUCAAAUGAGAGUCUUUUCUUUUUGAAAGCGUUCUUCCACCACAUGAUACACCACUUUUUUGGACAAUUACAACAAACGCUAUUUAUUUCUUGCUAAGAAAUCUUUGCUAUAGCAGGUGUCACCAUAUAGAAAGUGAUUCUUCUUACCGUGUGCGAUGUGUGUCUUUUCCGAGUCUCGAUAAUUCUCAUGCUAAACAUUCUCUUUUAUGCUUUAGUUGCUCGGAAAGAAAUUCAGAUGAUUUGGCCCUAAUUUAUGAAGAGCUUGUUCACAUUAAAGCACUACAACAUCUCUCGACAAUGGUGAGCGACUGACUUUAUGGCUUUCAUAUCUGUUAGAAUUCCUGUGAUAAUGAAAAAGUAAGAUUAAGACGAUGAAAUGAUUUUCUGUUCAGUUUAUGAAGGCGCAUUUUACAGUGCCCAAGGUAAAUCCGGUAACUCAUCUGAGGCAACUCUAUGCAUUACUACCACUCCAUUCAAUGAGGAACCAAACCUUUCCUAGCUAGGAAAUAUCUUAUAAAAGUAUCGCCCCAUGCGCUUGUAUGUAAACGAAUCCAAACGGACAGUCUUGCAUUCUGGAUUCCUCAACGUGGAUACCGGAUUCCAGGUACUGGAUUUCGGAUUCUUUGUCAGUAGAACUUGGAUUCCCGGAUUCCGGUCGUUAGAGAGAUUCCAGAUUCCUUUGAGCCCUAUUCCGGAUUUCAAAGCUCAGCAUCUGGAUUCUACAAGCAAAAACUUCCCCGAUUCCAAGUUUUACAAGCCACGAUUCCGGAAUCCCUUACAUGGGGCGAAAGGUAAUUGAACGAGCUUGGGGUGAAACAAAUUUUACGCUGGUCUCAGGUUUUCGUAAGAAGUCGUUGCCUGAGGAAGGCUAUUACUUAUUAUUAAGAACUGAAUCUUUGGAUAAUGCAAUUCUAGAGCUCCGAUUGCUUAGCCAUCAUGGUAUAUGAGCCAUUAGUAAAAUCCAACUAGUGGUCUAUUAUCAAUGCUGCGUUCUGAUUGGUUGAGCUACUACUAGGCUAUAUGUUAUAGCCCACUACUAGCGAAAAGCGCAGGCGUUUUGGCGGCAAAAAAGGAUUAAAGUCUAGCUUUAACUAGCUACAAUUUUUUUAUUCUCGAUAUUUUUGACCAACUAGUUGGAUUUUACUAAAACAAUUAUUCCUCUCGCCCUCAUGGCCUCUGAGUCAAUAGCCCUGCUAUUGACUCAGAGCCCACUCGGGCUCGAGGAAUAAUUGUUAAUUAGCCGAGUGGGUUCCAUUGGGCUUCCUCGCCAUUAGCCUUAAGUAUUAGUCUGUUAUGAAAUGUGGUAAAACAAUUAACCUAAAAGUUGAAACUUGAUUCUUAUGAAUUCAAGGCCGGGGUCAUCACAUUUUCUUGUAGGUUAAAAAAGAACUAGCUGCCGCCAUAGUGUUUGAGACUCACAGCGAGAAAGGAAUUGUAGGUUAGUAAAACAAGACAAUUCAACAUAACUUUCCAUGUGACAUGGAAGACAAACACUGAUUUGCCCAUUCUAUUGCAACUUAGCCUGCGUAGCACGCGUUUCCGUUUGGUUUCGGAGCAAAAAAAGACCGUGGAAGGGGAUUUUCGGUUUUGACCACGCGAGAAAUAAAACGAGAACCAAAAAAUGAAAAAGGGGGGAGGGGCAGAGGAAGGGCAACCCCUUUCCCACUCUUUUACUUGUGCCAUUUUUCGCGCGGUCUUUGACUCUUGUUCCUAGUUCUUUGCUCCUAAACCGCACAGUAAAGCUUGCUACACAGGCUAAUUGCAACUGAACUUGUUUUCCCUCUUUAUUUGAACACACAUAAAGAAAUAGAAAAGACAGAAGUGUGCUAAAAUGAUCUAUUCGCCCUCUUUUCUCAAUUUAUAUCGUAGUCUUUAACGAGGGUGAAGAAGGGAAAUCAUGGUAUAUUAUCCUGAAGGGCGCUGUAAAUGUGGUAGUACAUGGAAAGGUAAGGAGCAAACCGCAGUAAAACAGUCUGACAUGCGCAUUGGUACCUCUCGUGACGUCAUCAGCUUUAGCAAUCAUGGACAACUUUAACCGCUAACUUGUGCAUGGGAAAACGUGCCAGAAUGAGCACAAUAUAGUCAAACAGACCAGAGAAAAACGCAAGAACCAUGUAAAAUCAAAGAAAAUUUCAAACAAAAAAGUGUUUUCGACCACCUAACCGUACUUUUUCUGAAAUAAUUUCAGGACUUUUGGAAUUUUCGCAAAAACGUUUCCCACCAAAAAACACGGAGAACAAGUGAAACAGAAGGAAGGGAAAGCAAAAUUUUGCCCUCUGCUCAUGCCCGAACUUCGGAGGCUGCAGUUUAGCAUCGGUAAUAGAGUCAGCAAAGUGCUCGAUUUCCCCAAAAAAAAAAAAAAAAAAAUUGGGGCUAUUUUGGUUCUUUUUGGCCAAAUAGUGAUUCGGAUAGCUUGAAACCUGAUUAGGUUAAACGCAUGUAGACUUUUUCUUUCAACACUUCCGUUCACACGUAAACGAUGAUCGUAAACAGCCUCUAGAUUGGUUAACUCAUGUGGACCAACGUUAAAUGAACUCCUGUGGACACAAUCUUAAGUUUGGUUUCCAGCAAUUGUCUUCUCAGUGGCUCUUUUAUAAUUUUCACUUCAAGGCUUGAGACAGCGCCUAUUCCCAGUUACAUAAAUGGACAAAUUGUUUUAUGCACUCUUUGAGACAGAGGAAAUUUAUAGAAUUUUUAAACUCUAACUGCAUGUAGCUUGUAGAAACAACCUUUAAGUCUGACAUAAAGAUACUUUCCCACCCGUCGAUAAAUCAAAUCCGAGUGCGAAUCUGAAUCCAAACAGUGAUCCACAUGAAGUUUUGCUUAUUCUGCUUCAUGUUUGUAAUCUUAUAACCAAGAACGAGAACUCCAAAGACUACUGCAAAGCUGAUAUUAAAACAACGUGUAUUGUUUUUUAUAGCAAUAUUUUGGCUGGCCAUAGCAGCCUUCUUCAGGUUUACAGAUGUUACUGACCUUAUGUAGCAAUCACAAUAUUAUAUAGAUGGAGAAUGUCGCAAUAAAAGGGAGGAAAUGACGGAAAUGAGGCAGAAAUGACGUACAACAUAAAAGCUGUAAAGGAAAAAUACUAAGGAUAUGGAUUACAAUAAUUCGUCACGGCGGUUUAGGCCAUGAGGUUCAAGAGUCAUGGCCUUAUCUAUCAAAUGCGACUCCCUGGCCUGAAGAACUGAGUCACGUGAAGAAUGAAUUUUCUUAUACUACGUUCACAUUCUUUGACUUCCUGAGCCCAAUCAAGUUUUUUAUCGUGCAAUUUUUAACCAGUUAUUGGAUGAGAAUUUUGUAAUAUCCGGAAUGAGUUAAGUGUAUGAUAAGUGUUAUUAGCCGAGCCAGGGCGAGCUGAAGGCCGAGGCUGGUGAUGCUUACCGAGACCUUGAUUAUUCCGGAUAUCACAUUAAACCGACUCUGAUAAUUACUGUUUUGGUAUAGAAAUUGUUUUGAAGAAAAUAACGACAAACACAGAAUCGCAGAGAACACAGUUUGACAUCGCUGUUAAAAAUCAUGCCCUGAGAGCGCAACCUCAUAAGAUUAGUCACUAAUCCGCUUUCAGACAACUGACUCAUUUGUAUAGGUUGACAUGCGCUGAUUUCCAAAAUUAACUGUAGGCUCUUAGCCAAUGAGAGGACAGAUAGAAAGUAUAACAAGAACUUGUUAUCGUACUUCUGGACAAGCGCGCUAGAAAAAAGUGCCGGAUCUUGUCAUAUUCAAUUGCGAUGAAACGUUUCAGGCCACUUCGGAAAGAGGUCUAAGAAUGGUAUAAUCUUGCAGAAGAUGUCUCAACAAAAAAGUUUGAGAAAACAAUUGAUAUUUUUUAUUUGUUUACAUGUUACACUAACUUCGUAGGAAGUGAAUUAAUUUUUUUUGCCAUUUUAAAGGGGGUGGUAUGUCAGCUAAACGAAGGAGACGAGUUUGGAAAACUAGCUUUGGUCAACAAUGCUUUGAGGUAAAAAUGUUAAUAACGCGUAAAGGUUUAAAACUCUAUUGAGGUUAUUCGAAGAGCGGAAAAGGACACAGUGCGAAUCGAAAGAUCUAGAACUUGAUCCAGAGUUGAACAAGUUAUUGACUUGAACGCCACAGAGAUUUUUAAGUUCUUUACUGCCAUGCUGGUUUUACCCUUCUCAAAUAAAGUAGUCCAUGUAAUUAAUUUUGAUAAGCCGUACACAGUAUUUACUAACUUGUGAUUAUGUGUAAAGGGCUAUAAUUUGAAAGAAAACCGCCAACACUUUCUAAAAAAAAUAUGUGCAAAGAAAUGUUAAAUUAACCCCCUUAAAUUUACUUACUUUUCCUCAGGACUGCUACUAUAGAAACUGCUCAAGAUAUUUGUCAUUUCUUGAAAAUUGGGAAGUUAGACUUCAACAGAAUUUUCAGGGUUUGUUUGUUUGUUUAUUGCUUUAUUCAUUGACUGGCUAAGCUUUACUAAUUUGUAAUUUCUUGAAGAUUGAAAGUUAGACUUGAACAGAAUUCUCAGCGUUUAUUUGUCUGUUUGUUCCUUUGCAUUUUUUGUUUGUUUAUUGAUUGAGUAAAAUCAAUGCGUCGUUAAGAUCUUGUAUCGUUUAUUCAUCCUUUUACAGGACGUCGAGACUAACACGGUUCGUUUAAAAGAGCAUACGCAAGACGUGUUAGUGUUGGAAAAGAUGAACAUACGGUCAAUCUUUGGACAAAAUGGAGAUUCCAACCCACAGAAGUAAGAUAUAAAAUCAUACUGAACCUUUACUUCUUAGGAAGAAAAAGAAACACUCUUACACACAGUACCCAUCUUUGUGCAUCACUUCGCUCAGCGCCUUUGCUAACCAGGCAGUGCACUUUGAGCUGCAUGGGUUUAUGAAAAGCUAGCCGAUCAUUUCCACGAAUUUCACUGAAAACAGUUCAACGUACGAGCCAGUUUGGGCUAAAAUUAUCAUAAUCUCCGUAGUCGUCAUAUUCAUCGUCAUCAUCAUUAUCAUCAUCCUCAUCAUCAUCAUCAUCAUUUAUCAAUUUAUAUCCUACUCGUAUCACCCGUCUGCCUUUUCGGAUCUACUGUACAAUUGAUUUUAUUCAAGUGACGAUUUCUUACAUUGCAUCCUUGCUGGCGUGACCGUCUAAUGAUUCUUACUGUCUUUCGUACUGUCGAAUUGAUGGGCGCCAUGUUUAUUUGUUUUUUUAACACAGAUGGAAUUGAUGCACAGAUUUUACACGUGUUUUGUUGUUGUUAUUGUUGUCUUUACAAGUUAACUAUUAUAUAAAUGAUAAUGCUCUGCAGUGUCGUCUAAGGUGACUCUUGUGGAAGUAAAACUUAUCGGCACAGCAUCAGUACAAAUUGUUAACGCUCUUUUAAGUUGUUAGCAUGCGAGAGGCUCGGUUGGCGAGUUUGGGGUUAUUUGGCGGCGAAGCUGCCAGCCAACUGAAGAAGAAUAGGGCGAGGAAAAGUGACUUUCCUCUCCCCAUUCGUCUCGCCGGUUCGGCUGGCAACGACUUUUGUUUGCCUUUUAGAUACUCUGUGAUGGCGGGCACCCCUAUAAAAAUGGUGGAAUAUCUUUUAGAAACACGAAUUGAUAAGACGUGUUCUUUUGAUGGUAAGAGACUGUAGAAGUUAGUACAUCCACUUUCAUAGUCUAAAGACGAAAUCUGCAACUGCGGAUGCUCACAAACUAGGGGUGGAACCUCACUGAAGCCAGAGCCAGGUUGAGCCAGGGUGGAUAAAGGUUGGGCGGGGAAAAGAGCGCGUCCGAAGAAAAAGGUGUGAUAAGGGACUACAGAUCAAAUUAUGAGUACAGAUAUGACAAUAUGAAACUGUGUGUCAAUAUUGUUAUAAAACGACUUUACUUAUUCCACACUGUAGGCUAAAAUUAAAGAAUGAAAAUAGGAUUAAAAUUCCGGUUUGUAAAAAGGAACAUUUCGCCUGUCUUUAAAUACACCGGAAGCGCGGAAAGAGCGCUCGUGCCAGUUCUACAUCACUUGAAGAUCAGAGUGUUCGUUUCAUCGCCCAUGAGCCUUAUCCGCCCUGCCAGAGCUUCCUGUUAUAGAGAUGUCUGCAUAUGAGUGAAACAGAGGUAGAUAAUCAUAAUUUGCCUUUAAACCCAAACAUUGACAGUGAGAGAAAUGCCAUCAUGUGAUUCCUGGUUAAAACCGAGUUCACGCUCACCGAACUCUGUGCAGUUCAGAAUAGCAAGAAAUGGUCACAUAAAUUCUGUAAGUGGCUUAUCAAAACGUUUUCAUUGAGCUGUUUAACCAGAACAUAGAUAACGUUGUCACGGCAGUAGUGAUUCAUGUUGGUUGGCAUCUGCGGCUAAAAAUUCUACUGCCCCGAAGUUCUUAAAAACCUCUUAUUUCGCUCGUUCUCCCUGGCACGAAUCUCUAUUGUUUCGGGGCCGAGGGUCCAUUGUUUCUGUUCCUUGUUCACUCAAGUUAUUUUCCCAGCCAAUCUUUUUUGCUAGUUUGUGAGGUUCCUGGGGGCCACUUUCAUUCCAACCUUCAUAUACGUGCCUAUUUUACACUCUGAUUAUGCUCUAACAAUAUGUUAUCACCGUUAAAAAUUUCUCUUUAUUACUAUAAUUGCUAAUGAUGUAGCACCUGUUUUAUCAUGAUUAUUAGCGCUAAAAUGUUUUAUCAUAACGCUUUUUUCUUUCAGAUCACUUUUUAAACGAUUUCUUGGUGACUUUUCCGAUUUUCAUGAGCACAGAAAUUUUGUGCUCCGAGUUACUUUCCAAAUAUCCUUUUCAUUAAUACAUAAAAAACAAUUCAAUCACCUUACAGUAUCUUCUAAGACAGAUUUUACUGCCUGGAUUAUUUAACAGUUAAUAACACAAUCCAAGACAGUCUUGGAUUCUGGCAAGAUCGUUCUCUCUUGAUUCUGGCUUCUACGCCGUGGAUUCCGGAUGCGAGUUCUGGACAGUGGAAAUUGGAUUCCGGAUUCCAAUCGUCAGUGAAUUCCGGAUUCCUUGAGCUUUAUUCUGGAUUCCACCAAAAAAGUUGUACUGGAAUCCGGAAUCUGGAUUCCUUUAUGUGGGGUGAGCGAGUAGCAGACAAUGGUAGUAAAGGCUAGCGUCCUAGCUGUGGUAAAAAUGACAAGAAAAACGCAUUAAGCUUAAAGAGAUCAACCAAAACGAGCAAAAAAGGUGUUUUCCUUGAUUUAAAUAACUUAUCAUAGAACAAACUUUUUAAACUGUGGACAGGACAUGAAUAGAACUUCUAUUCACGAUCAUUCCGAGGCCAUUAAGAAAAGGUGAGUGCAGUUUUUUUGCGUUUGAAUUUUUCAAUGAUGAAUCUGAUCGGUGCACUUCCUUUCUGAACAUGACUACGAUCGUAAAAAGUUAUGUCAGUCGUACAAGGAAACCAGAAGUCUGCAGACCGCUUUGCAUUUUGGAAACCUCUAAAAGAACUUGAAAAGAGUAUAAGCACCCGACUACAACCGGUAUACAAGUCCAAUAAUGGUCAAAACUGGAAUCCAAAUCUAAGGGCUCAAAUUCAUGUGAUCUGCUUACACAUUACUGUGGAAACCGUAUUCAGGGGACACCCUCAGGACCAAGGCAAGUGUCCCCUGAAUGGAAGUUGGGCUGAGGUUAUUCUGUUUCGUAAUCUGCUGCAGUCAUUAUUUCAAUCAGCUAGAAAAUGUAUAAAAAAAUCAUGAUUAAGUUAUCUCUGCGAUGUUGUGUGUAAAAUUCCCACAAGUGCAGUACAUCUAUUUAAGUGAGAUAGUUUAUAUUGCGCGGCAUGAAAGCUGUCGUCAUUGUGACUCGUUUAAACUCAAACUAAAGAAGGCUUUUUGUGGUCAGUCACUUUUUUAGUGCUAAGGUGUUCCCUGAAUGACUGUUAAACCCGGGUUUCGAGACCCAGAAAAAAUGUCCUUUUCCGACCCCUAAAUAGAGGUGUCCCUUCAAAAGCUUACGCACAUUGUUCCGGUACCAAAUUUUGUGUCCUCUGAAUGGAGGUGUCCCAAGGAGAGGUUCCACUGUAUAUACCAGGCCGGAUAAUCCUUCUUCAUCAACGAAUGGAAGAGUCUGAAAAUGUCAUUUCAACCUUUUGAAGCCACAUCAACCCACAUUCACCACUUCACAUUGCCCCUAAAAGUCUUGUUAAGCCUCCAUUUCAGUAUGUGGACGCUUUUAAAAUCACGCAUGCCCAAACCCAUCUCCCGAAACAAUGCAACAAACAACGUUGGAGGAGCCCAUCCAGAAUUUUCUCUGAUUUUCAACAUUGUAUAAGGUGGGGCGGGGUGGGGCUGGGGUGGGGGUAUCUUCCAAAAGACAUCACUGCUUUGUGCGGGCAAGCAGAAAUUGCAGGUUAAUUCAUUACGAAUACCGGUGUACAUUUUAUAUUACGGUCCUACGGAAGCUUUUUCCAAGAUAGUACCUUUAAAACGGUUCAGGUUUGAAGGAGAUUUCUUUUUGUAUUUCUAAAGUAUUUCUCACGCUUACAGCCUUGUAAACGGUUCUAUUGAAUUUGCAGGUCGAUUUAAUUUUUUAAUUGAUAUUGUUAGGGUUGUUCAACUGACGGAACGCUGGUGUUGUUUUGCGGGAAACCUGUUCUUGGAAGAUAAGAACAUCUGCAGUUUUGUUAAGGUAAGAAUUCGAAAUGGAGGAGUCUGUCAUCAUUCAAUAGAUGAUACUUUCUUAAAAUAUCAAACAACGCUAUCAGCCGUUUGUUUGUUUGUUUGUUUGUUUGUUUGUUUUUUUGUUUGUAUGUAGCCUGUACGGAAGUUGUUUUCCUUUUUUUUUUCGUAAAUCGAAGACCAGCCGAUCGAAGCCAGCGGGCGAGAAAGAAAAAGAAAGAAAGUCUAUUUCUCUCUUUUCCCAACCCCAACCCCUUGCGCUAGCGGUCAAAAACCCCCCGCGGUGUUUAUUUUCAUGGGCGCGCUCGACGAUCUUUAAAAAGAAAGUAGAGGGUCCUUGAGCAGGCUGGUUUGUAUGUAGCAGUUGUUUUAUAGCCUUUCCUAUCUCUCAAGAAUUUCUUCCGGCAGGCUCCCUAUCUCCUUAAAUUUCUAAAAAACUUGUUUUUAGGAUUUGCUAAGAUUCCUGGAGAAGGACAAAUUAAACAACGAGUUUAAUUCUUUGAGGGCUGCAAUACUCACGCUGCACGAAAGGUAAGCCGAAUAACAGAUCGCUUUUAAGGACAAGUGAAUAUUAAAAAAAUUCUAGAAACACGAUCGAUUCUGAGAGUGUUUUGAAUUCCCAGUAAGACACUGCCGUCCUUAAAGCGGGGUACGACUGCAUUCAAAUCUCAGACUGGUUAAAAUAUGACCAGCCCAGUUACCUGAAGCUCGAUUAGCGUUAACCUCGGGUUCAAUUUUAACCCGUUUUUUUUCUUUUGUUUAGAAGCAUUUUCUCGGAUAAUUUUUCCUAUUCCUUUAAGAGCAUUCAAUUAGCAAAUUGCAGACCAAAGGGAAUUAAAGUGAAUUUGCUUUGAAAGCAUUUAAUUCUAAAUUACAAUUUCGCACUAGUAACCCUGGGUUAUUGUACGACCGCUUUUAACAGCUGGGCAUUCAGGUGUGUCUCCGUGGCGCAAUCGGUUAGCGCGUUCGGCUGUUAUUCUAUUCCAAGAGACCGAAAGGUUGGUGGUUCAAGCCCACCCGGGGACGACCUAUUUUUGUUUUUUUUCCUUUUUUACCUCUUUGUUCUUAGUUCUGACUUCUUUAUGUUGUGAACAACCUCAACCGUAGUGUUUCUUGAGUAUAUUUGUUAGGAUUUGGUCAAAAAUCACAAAAUUAAAACUGCAUUUCAGUACAUGUCACGUGUGUCAGUACACGGAGUACGGUGAAGUAAAAAUCGCAUCUGAACUUUCCCAUUGUCUUUUUUUUAUUGUUUGUUUGUAUAUUUGCCGUUUUGUUAAGGUUUGGUUUGUUUUCUUUCGAAAUAGAUUUCCAAGCGUAGAAAAUACAGCGGAUGGAUUACCCUCUUCUCAAAAGGUGAUUAAACAAAUGUACUAAAUACCAUUUGCUUUUUGAUUGGUCAAUAUCUAUGAUCUGUCAGAGGUUACCCAGCAACGAACUGAAUCAGAUACGACGCGCGUUUUGAUUGGUCGUUACAUGUGAUCUAUCAUUUAGUACAUACACACGGCUUCCUUCCCGCCUUCUAAUGAGAAAAAUCGAUUGUUCACGCUCAUUAGAUUCAGCACAUGUGAUAUGCAACGUUUGAACCGAGCCUAAAGAAAUCUGAGCAAAACUAAUAGAGGUUCGUUAACUUAUAGGCGCCUGUUGUUAUUUAUUUCAGUUAUUGAUAUCAUGCACCCUCGUCCUUCCCGGUACUGAUACAACAAUAUUUGUGUGUCAUAGUAAUUCCAUUCCCCUCCCUUUUUUUUUCGUUUAGCGUCAAUGCAUAAUAAAGCACAAAACCCCCUGAGAAAAGGAGGUCCGAAACCACAGCGUCAAUGCUGUGGACCCUGGAAACAACUAGACAUGGUCAACAAAUCGACACAAACUCAAUGUGGUGGGAAAUAUGAUGGUCGAUGAUAUAGUACAAAAGCAAAAAGGAUACACCACUGAAACUUCUAUGCCUGGAAAAGCUGUUUCGAUGCUCAUUGUUCAGAUUAAAAGAACCAAUCAAAGUCAAAAAAGUUAAACUACGUCCAGUUCCUUUUUUGGGGGGGGGGGGAUGCCAAGUUGAUCAGUCGGACGACGCUAAACGGAGGAAAAAAGGGGAUGGUCUGAUGCUUAAAAGAAAUGUUGUGGCUAAGUAAUAGAAAUCAACUCGUAUCCUUAUCCCUGAAUCACACAGAACCGUCUUCACGCUCGGCGCAUGGGCGUUGUUGACAUAACGAUGAAAACAGAAGAAUAUAAGCCAAUCAGAGGAAGCGAUCAAAGUAAGUGUAUGUCUUAUUCCCGGGGGAUUGAACUUGGGAGGGAGGGGCUUAUUAGCCCGAGGAUUUUGGCAUACUCGUAGUUCCCUUCCUGAGGCGUAUUCAUGAGCUUGUCUGUAACAGUACGUUUAGUGGUCGCUCUGAUGCUUUUUCCGCACGUAUUCUUGCUGUGUUUGUGUUCUCUGUGUUAAAUGGCCUGGGUUACGUAGUAUUGCAAUCCUGCAGCGUACAUUAUUUCACCUCGAAACAAACAAACAACAGGAGUAACCAGUAUAUUCUUACCGGAUAUUUCGAGGAGUUUUGGCGAUGUAUGCCCGAAGGAUAUUCGAGGGUUAUUUUGAUUCUGACUCCUAAAGUGAUAAAAAUACCCCUAAUAGAUAUUAGAAUAUUUUUUUGUGGGUGUAGUUCAUUCAUUUUUAUCCCUUGAAGGUAACAGUUGGUUCCGGUCAUUUUUUAACAUGACAUCCAAACAGGUACCACACAGCUUUACAGCAGUCAUUUUAGAUUUUUAUCAUCCGACGUGAAACCAAUCCACAAACUUUACCCUCUUCGACAAGUACGCAAGCGCGCACGUCAUUUUUAUAGGGCUGUCAGUUACGUUUGCCUGAAAACUCAUUUUGCAACGGAGCGAUUUUUAUAUUUCCUUAAUACUAAUUUUUCACUUGAUUUACCUUUCAGACAUCUUCCGUGUUUUCUGUGCUGAUCAUACUUACACCACACUGGCAUUACCAUAUAAGGCUACUGCCCAGACCAUUGUGAACACUGCAGAGGAGCGCGUGUUGUUGGGAAAUGACUGCGUGCUAUGUGAAGUCAAAUCCUCGGGGGGUUUGUUUUAUAUAAAACGUUUCUUAUACGCUUUCACUCUCGACAGUGACCAAUUUGUUUAUAUUUUUCUUUUCUACAUUUUAUUUCUAUUCUUAUUGUCCUUGGGCAAAACGGGACUAGUAUCUCUGAGACAAUUUGCCUCACAGUGCUAGGUUUUGGCAAGUAGUCCUUUCAGAUGUUUUUCUUUCAAAAUAUCCUAACAAAUCCCAUAAUUUCAAAAAUUUAAUUUUAUGACGUCAUCACUUUAGGACUAUUAGCUUAGACUACUAGGAAAUGUAGUAAACUAUUAGACUUUUCGCGUUCUUGGGCAGAAACAUCAAGCUGUAGACCUUAUCUCUCUCACUAACUCAUGAAAAUUUCACAAUAAAAGGUGAUGUUAUGGUUCGAAAAACCUAGGUCAUUUAUCACGCCUGGGACUUUAGGUCAUGAUAGGUGUAGCAAAGCUGUUUUACAAUAACUGAGUGUUUUUCGCGCGCUGAUUAGUACAGAGCUUGAUGAAAGUAUAUGCCAUGGAGAAGGGAACGUAAGGGUUUGCGGUGAUGCGGUUUUGCUCAAUUUUUGGUCCGGUUUGCUGCGAUUUUCUUAUUAAGUUGCGGUAUAGCGGUUUUACAAAACCAAGCAGUUUGCGGUAUUUAGAGAUUUUCGGGUAAUUUGAGUGCGCUUUGCGGUUUUCUUAUGUCAUUCUGUGUGAUGUUUAUACGAAUUUCUGUGCGGUUUUACGGUGCUCGUACCCCCUUACGCUCUCCUCCACGGAAAUGACGUAAUGCGUUUUGAAAACUUUGACGUCACUUCUAUGGGCGAUAAAAGUUUUGACCAUAGACAAUUGUUGUCCAUUUGUUAAGUAGCACCCUUAACGAUUACAACGGAGGUGAAAACCGAUACCAACUGCGAAGGUAUUGUGAUUAUUUUUACCUGAAGCCAUGUCUAACUAUAUUGGAAAUUGUUUUCUAGAGCGCAUACCAUUAAAACCAAACGAAAUAUGUGUUACCACGGGCCUAAGCGUCAACGGGAGACUGUUCAUCGCACCAAGAGAACAUUUGGACUCACUGGUCAGUAUAUAGGAGAACUUUAGCCUUUUCUAGGCGUUCAGAUAUUGCCGGGAGAAGCCAAGUCAGACAAGGGGGUAGGGGGGGGGGAAUCAGGAGAAACAGAGGGAGAGGGAGAGAGUAGGGAAUGUCGCCCUCACCUCCUACCAGCCCCCUGGCUGUUUUUCAUGCUCAUAUUUAUUUGCGCCGUCGACGAUUUGAACGCCUGGAACAGGUUAGGAGAACUUGGGCUUCAGUACCGUAAACAUUUCUUGCGAGUUUGAGAAAGUUUGUGUAGUUUGUAGUUUGUGAGCUUGUGAAAUUUCGAUGUCUCUGGUCAAUUAGCGCUGGGAGCCCAAGGUUUAGUCGCGAUAUCUUCAGUUUUACCAUAAUACCACGCUUUGUAUUUGGCCUAAGACUAUCGCAACAACUUUGCAGGCAACAGAAGUAAACUGAAAAAAACUCGUAGUGCGAUAUCUUUGUGAAUUGAUUUCAUACGCAAGUUCUAUUGUGAUUGUUCAGUGAAUAUUCUUGGUUUUAACUUUAAAAACAUCAAAUUCUGUUCCAGACUCCUACUCCUGACCAGGAAGGGCCAACAUGCAGUUCUCUAGCAUUCCUUGAGACAGUCGGUUCAAAAGAGCUGGCUUUCUUCAUCUCACAGUACGACUACGAACUGUUUAAUGCAGUCAAUGUCGUAAGUAUCCAUAGCAACAGAAAGAAGGAAAGUUAAUCUUAAGUGUGCCUCACUCUUCAAAGGGAGGUAUUGGUCUCACGACUGUUUACAAUGUAAGGUAUAGCUCCUUAGAGACGAGGACAAGAUUUUUUCCACACUAAGUAGUGCGCACGCGUGAACAGACGUCACGUGAAAUAGCGCCGUGGUCAUUCCACUACGGUUUUUAGCGAGAAUAGUGACCUUAAGCGUGCAACGACGACGACGACGGCAGUGAAAACAUCACUAAAAAAUUAAUUUAUGUCCUUUUAAACUUUAUCGCCUCUAUUUGGAACUACUGAAUUCGUCAAAUGUAGGCGAUUUUUUCUUGAGUUGAAUUCUUAAGGGCUUUAUCCAUGUUCAAAUAGAGAAGGAAAAAUUUGUCGUAGUAUGUCCACGUCCUACAUAAAACAUCGCAUUGGGAGGCUUCACGUCGUAGUCGUGCAGCGGACGUCAAAGAAAUGUACUAAAGAGCGUGAUGCACGUGCAGAGCGGUUAUUUUGCUCAUAAAACCAAUUGUUUUUUGACGUUGUUGUCGUCGUCGUAGUCGUCUUUGCUUAAGGUCCGUAAUAUCGUAGCUGGAAACAAGUUACCAAAUGUUAGUAGUUUUAUCAUUUUGCGAUCAGAAGAGGGCUUAAACGCGUUCAAUUAAAAAAGAACCCUGUUGAUUUUUCAGUUGAAAAAAGUACAGUGAAGCUUCAUGUGAUGUAUAUUUUUUGAGAAUAAGCGAAAAAUUUUAAGUUAAAUCUUUUCUUAAUUAGUAGUCGUCCGCGUCAGCGGAAGUAAAGGUCUCUAAUAUAGUUCAUUUAGUUCAUUUAACCCUAUUCAGACUGGGGGGCUUUUCAAACCCCCCCUCAGGCAAAAUCGUGAUAACUCCUACACCGAAAGAGCUAUGACGUUCAAAUUUUCUGACUUUUCCUAAAAUUUAUCUAGGAACAUUUUGGUAUAAUUACCAUGUCCAUUUGAUUAAUCAUGUUGCCAUGGCAACCAGUUUCUGACACAUAGGUUUUGGAAAAUUUAAAAAAUGGUGAUUUUUGUGUUUUAAGAUCGCGUUUUUACACUUAUAGUGCUUUUUGUUGUUAAAAUGGUCUUUGAUUGGGACUAGUUUUUGAAUUACAUCAAAAUGUUUCAACACCGAAUAUUUGGGGGGGGGGGGUGGGGUAAAAUUUGUCACUUUUUUGCUUUGACAAAUAUGCUGCUCUAUUUUCCAAAUAACACUUCCAAAGUCAUUUGUUUGGGUAAUAAACAUUAGUUUGAUACUUCUUUUAUACAUUCUGAACUUUGAAAGUUGCUUUAAAUUAUAAUUUUAACAAAAAAUCGGAAAUCCAAGAUGGCGGACAAUCAUUUCAAAUUUUAAAUUUAUUGCUUCCUAUUGCUUUUUCUCGCUGUACAAGUGUUUCUUUGUUACUAGUUCAUAAGAAAGGAUAACAAAGAGAUGACUUUACCAAUAUUAUUGAUAUUUUACGUAUCUAAGUGGAAAAAUAAUAAGAAACAUUGAAAAAUCGGAAUAUGACGUCACUGUGACGUCAUCAUUGGGCGUGGCAAGUCAAAACUGGGUGUGGGGCUUCUUUGUACGGAGAUGAUCAUUGUGUGUAAAUUUCAUGACCCUAGCAUUAUUGGUUCCAGAGAUACAGAGGGGGGCUCCGAGGAGCCCCCCCCCAGUCACAGAUUGACCAAAAAAGCCCAGUCUGAAUAGGGUUAAACAGCUUCGAUAGUGAAGAGAAUUGUAGCCGACCAAUCUAUGGCCACAAUUUAGUUUUAUACCCAAACCAAACCCUUUUUGGGGUAUAUGAAGAAAAGACGACGUUGAAUAAUAACAGAAAGGCAUUGCCGGAAGCUCGGAAUCCCAGCUUAGUGUGUUCGUAGAUUCUCUAAACUAUUUGCGUCUACAAACCCAUAUUCUGAGAUUGCUGGUUGUUUUGUCUUAUUUGCAGUACGAAUUUAUCUAUCACAUGUAUGGAAAAGAGAAUUACAACCAGAUCACUGCAAACUUAGACCUGUUACUCCAAAGAUUUAACGAGGUGAGACAUUUUCAGUUCAGUAACUAAACUUGUGACUGGAAAAUCGGAAAGCAGCUGUAGACCUCGAUGAAAUUUGUUUCUUUGUUUUUGUUCUUUCUCAGGUUCAGUUCUGGGUCGAAACGCAAGUUCUCCUGACUCAACAACUCAAUAAAAGAGUUUACUUGUUGAAAAAAUUCAUUAAACUGGCUGCACAGUAAGUUUUGUAAAUAGUCAAUAAAGACGCAUCAUCACCUCUCAUUGCAUGACGGGAAAGAAGUAUUAAUUGCUCCUUCCAUUCCAUGGCCAGUCAGCGGUCCAUCUGCAAAACUCAUAUUCGGAGACUCACGCCUUCAAGAAAAUAAGGGAAUUCAGGGAGUCUUUAGAAGGCUAUGUUCACAGAUACCAGAUAGCUUUCUGUGCCGGAACAUGCAAAGACCUUUCCGUUAUAGUAUGAAUGGUAACCGCACAGAACUGGAACAAGUUGUCCAGUCACACACAUCCAACAUUGCACCGGAGCGGUUGGCCGAGAGGGUCUGGUGCACUAAAUCCCAGUCCUCACUCCUGAAUAUUUACUUCCGUCUCAGCGGAUUCCAGUCCUCGCUCCUACUUAUUCACUUCUGCUACGGUCCGAAUACCUGUUUACACUACACCCAAGAGUGGUACAGAAUCUCUUCGAUAUGUGACUCUCCACUUCAGACACCGGUGCGGCGCAGUUUCACUUACAGAAAUCGCGCCAAGAUAGGAUCAGUUUGGGUUUCUAGAAAACUACCCACCUACCCCUCCCCUAAGCUAACAUUAACACUUACUUCUCACUUAGGGUAAAAUGAUGGCUUAGGGGAGGGGUAGGUGGGCAGUUCCCAAAAACCUAAAUUGAUCCCCAAAAUCACCGUUGUUGUGUGAACAGAAGCCCUAUCUGGUAUGUUUUUUGCGCUUGCGUACGAGCUAUCCGGCAUAGUCUGAACAGAGCUGGGGCCAACAUUGCCAGCUUUCUUGCCUAAUCUCAGCAAUUUCUCUCCCGGCCCUUCCUUGGGAAACUGCCCCCUACCCCUCCCCUAAGACAUCAUUUUGCCCUAAGUGAGAAGCAAGUGUUAAUGCUAGCUUAGGGGAGGGGUAGGUGGGCAGUUUUCUAAAAACCUAAAUUGAUCCGAAUAUUUUUUAGUAAUUUAGAGAAUUUCUUUUUUUCGCGGAAAGGAGGGAGUCCACUUUGACGUUAUGACAAUAAACACCAACCCUGCUAUUACAUACUUUGAUAAUUUAAGUUCCACGGUCAACUGAUUAUCACUGUGUAACUGUUUCUUUACUACUUUGUAGCUGCAAAGAGUAUAACAACUGGUAUUCUUUCUUCGCUAUCGUCAUGGGACUCAACAGUGUUGCAGUUAGCCGGCUGACACAAACUUGGGAGGUAAGUAUAUCAGUAUCAACCACUUUCCUCACUCAACUCUCAUUACUGCGGCCACCCUCAGCGUGCCGCUAGUUAGCAUCUUAGGCCAUUUUUAGGUUGAGUGUGGACAGGAGCAGAAUAGGAGGAUAUCACUUCAUUCAGGGGCCAUUACAAAGUGUGCGUAGCAAACCAGGAAAACUGGGUCAAAAUUCGUCCCCCAAGCAUUCAUAUGGUGCAAUUCGACAAAACAUCGACCAGGACUCAAGCACAAUCUCUAAGUAGCCAGCAGCUCCAGAAUUAGGGGAUUCUGGUUCUAGCUUCGGUCCCACUUGUCACCCGAAGUUCAAUUUCAUCAAUUUUUUUUUUACCGCGGGCAACGCUUGAAUCGGUAAGAAAAAGUAGUGCCUGAAGUAUGAACGCGGAGAGAAAAGGACUUUCAAGGUGCCGGUUAAGUUGUAUCAGUUAUAUUCAAACCGGUCAGUUAACGUUUCGAGCGAAUUGUCAUCAAAAUUCGUGGCUGGUAAGUUCCAUUUCGGAAUAGCGUUUAUCAUUCGUAUAAUUUUUCGCUUCCCAUUUACCAAAAAUGGUAGCGAAAGCCUGAAUUUGGUAUCAAAGGUGUGUUAAAAGAAAGAGGACAUGAGUUUCCUGUAAAUCAAAAAUACCGGGCCUCAAAGGAGUCCCUAUUUUACAACGAUGAAAGUAGCAGUUUUUGUUACAAAUACUGUGCUGCUGACACGUAAUAAUAGUCUUUAACAUUGUUUCAGAAACUACCUGGAAAGUUCCGGAAAAUAUUUGAGGAGUUUGAAAGCACUUUGGUGAGGGAUUGAUAAUUAAUUCAAUUUCCUUAGUCUAGUGCGCUUUUAAUUUUUGUCAACUCUUGUAGUUCUAUUUCUUUCCUAAAUAUUUGUGUCCUCUGCAAAGACUCCGUUAAAUACGUGUUCACCUUCAAAGCCAAUUUUUCCUACAUUGACUAUUUACACCAGUGAUCUUAGCUUUUUAUUUAAUCUGCUCGUGAUCAUGAAUUUUCCUAUUAACUUUUUUCGGGAAGUUGAUUUUUUUUAAUAAUAUUUCUCCCCUUAGCCUCUUUGAUUUGCUAUUAUUCGAAAGAAUGGUCGACAGCUAAAAAUUACUUACUGGCUUCGAAAGUAGUGACCGUUUUCAUAAACCUCUGAUGGACCCUUGGCAGAAUACGGUCAAAUGAUAGGUCAUGGUACCAAAAACAUUUUGCUUGUUAGCAAAUUAAACGACGCAGAAGGGCAUGAAAAAUAAUAAGAGAUUACAUCAUUUAAAAAGCUUAUAUCCUUUCUUUUUAAGGUCCAACGGCGUCGUUUUGCCAUCCAGCGAGGUGUUUAUUGUUACAGUAAUAUGUGACCUUGCGACGUGACCGUAUUCUGCAAAGGGCCUAUUAAGUCGGAAAAACAGAUUAAGUGUUGAAGGAAGACAUUCGAAAAGGCUAACCUUGCCCUAGCAUGACCAGACAGAAAAAAAUGCGCAACCUCCUAGAAUGCAUUUGAACAACUUUAUUAGCACUUCAGAUAGCCUAAGACAAAUGAGGCUUUCUUCCCGGUCUUUGAUCUGUGGGGUCCUGUUUACAUUAACGCGUUUUAAUGUCCAGGCGAAUGAUGUUCACAUAAUGGGAUCAAAGUAUUUUUGAAAAAUAUAUUUUUUAAAAGCUGUAGGCCUUGGAAAUUUAUCACUUAUGUUACUGUUUCAGCUAGUUUAUUUAGAAAGAGAUACAAACGAAUUUAUAUAUAUUUUUUUUCUAUUUAGGAGCCGUCCAGGAACCAUCGAGUUUACAGACUUUUAGUGGGUAAGAAUAACUAGAUUGUUUUAUGAAAAAAAUUACAUCAAAAAGACAGAUAUCUUCAUUUUAGGUAAAAUUUUAUUUUCUCAGUUUAAUUUCCCCUGAAUUAAAUUACUUUGCAGGAAAACUGAAGCCUCCAAUUCUUCCAUUUAUGCCACUGCUGAUGAAAGGUAUAUCAUUAUUAUACAGCCUUAAAAAUAAACAUUACCAUGCAUGACAGUUGUAAGAGAGCAGUACGGUCAAUCACGUAAAUUUAGUUAAUUCUGAGUACUGAAUAACGUUUUGAGCCACAAUGGGUCAAAAUUUUGAAAGCAAAGUUAGAUACAGCCUAGUCUCUAUGCGUUACAAUUCUGUUACAACUGGACCGAGUGGAACGAGCAAGGUCAGCAAAGAAUUCUCUCGCCCACUCCUUCCCCGACUUCGCGCAGACAACUGGGUAAGAGAGAACGUUUAGAGACUUGGCUGGAACAGGUGCACAAACUGAGAUGAAACAAGUUUUUUCUCUAUUAGGCUAUGUAGUUGAAAAAGAAGAUGUAGUUGCCAUUGAUUUUCAUAACAUGUAGUCUUGCAGUUUUCUAAUAGCUGGACGAGUAUUAAAUGACCAAGAACAAAAGCCGGUAAUGUUUCCGUUGCGGAGAACAGCGAGACUAGUAGUCUCAUUGCGAUUUUGAAUGAGAUUACGUAUGUUUUCAAAAAAUGUUUCUGAUGUUGAGGAGGUUUAAUAAUUCUCCCAAAUUUCUGCGUAAACUGUACGAGAAUUAUAAAGCCAUGCUGCCUCGCAGAUACACAAAUUUGCCCCUAAACGGCCAGUAAACUCUAAUGACCAUUUAAAUUCCUUAUUUGGUUUUAGACAUGACAUUUACCAAUGAAGGAAACAAAACGCAAUUUGAUGAAUUAGUUAAUUUUGAGAAAAUGGUAAGUUUAACUUGUUCUCUUGGCGUUAACGCUGCUUAAGGAUCCGCCUUACAGAUUAAAUUUAAUGAGAAGGUCAGUUUAAUCAAAAUGCUAACCGCUCUCGCGACUGGAGCCAGUUAGUAAUAAAACAUUCACGCUUUAUUUAGUAGCUUUGAAGAACGCACAUAACAUCCAUAAUAAAGAACUGUUAAUAUGGACUUUUUAAUUUUAUUUUAAUUAGCGGUGCCCACAAAGAGUUUCGUGUUCCAUCGCUUUGCCGACCUAUCGUUACAUUUUUUUUUUAUUUUGGCAAUAAAAAAAGAUAGGACUCCAAGAGCACAACAUCUUUCGUUCUGUUAAAAGACGCUGCUUUCUUCUUUUCAUUUAAUUUACAACUUAAUAAAGGCUGGUUUAAUUUAUUCAGGUUAAGACGGGUUUCUCGUAGAAAAGGGCAACGACACAUCUCACUGUCGUUUUUUUCUUUUCCCGGUAGUUUGAACAUGCAGCUUGAUCGCCAGCCUAGUUAUGAACUUUGUUCCUUUUCUUCCUUUUUUUGUUUUUUGCUCCCACCGACUUACCGAGUGACCUACCGGGAGAACGCGAUUGAUCGAAACUUGUACUUUUUCUUUUCAGAGAAUGAUUUCCUCUACACUUCGACUAAUCCAGUACUGCCGCAGCGAACCAUUCGGUAAGUAAACCAAACCAUAAGGCUACGCCUAGAUUGAAACAUAGAUUAACAGGCCCUUUCUUAUUGGGUUUAAAUUACGGAAUGCUACAUCAAUUCGCCGGUGCAGAAAGAAGCAUUAAAGUGAUUGCUGCUUUUGUAUGGCUGUUUGACGUAUUGCUAAUUCCACACUCCAGAAACCCGAGGGAGAAAUGGGUAAACGUUUUCGGCGCAACGAAUUCUGGGAUCGUCUGGGUGGACAAGCAUUAGUUCUGAUUGGUCGAUAGUGUUCAAGGAAACCAUUAACUAACCAAACCUAACACUUAUCCACUCAAACGAUCCCAAAAACUGCUGAGCCGAAAGGUUGUACCCAUUCCUCUUACAGUACAGUUCUGGAGAAGGGGAUAGUGGACGCGCUUUGAAUUAUGGAAUUAAAUUUUAACAUUUUCCUAUUGAUUUGUUCGCAGCGGCAGAUCCACCGGCAUCUUCUACCAAAGUUAUUCAAGAAAUAACUAUUUUUGUAAGGUAAGGAAGUCUUUCAGUACAAUUUUCAUGGAAAUUACAUGUGCAAAGUUUUGAUAUACGUAUCAUGAUUAAAAAUGAAGGCAACGAAUGGACUGCAGAUUGUCAUUAAACUGUAGUUCUUUUUAUUUCAGUUCUACUAUAUUUAAGUAUUAGUUCUUACUCAUAGCAAGAACUCAUUUGUUGUAGAUUGAAACAAAGUGCCGGCGCCCUAAACGUUCAUCCUUUCAGUUGUGACAUAAGAAUUUGUGGCCAAAUUUUUCUAAAAAAAAAAAGGCAGCAAGUUUCCGAAACAACACCCAUUUGGCUUUGUGACCGAAAAAAAAAAUUAAGUAAGAAAACACAGGAAAAAUAGUCGUCCCCGGGUGGGCUUGAACCACCAACCUUUCGGUGACUAGUCCAUUCGGACUUAACAGCCGAACGCGCUAACCGAUUGCGCCACGGAGACCGCUGAACAUCUAUUUGGGUGCAAAUGACAUUUGGGCUUUUACGCUCUUUCUAUCUAGACUCGUUCCCGCUGCAUUCCAGUGGGAAGUAGACCAAAUGAUGGCAAUUUUAGCAAGAAUGUACUUGCCUGUUUGCAGAAGCAUUCAAUUUUUUAAACAAUAACCCGAAAACAGAAAAUAUUGACUUAAUAAAAGGAAUUUGGCAAAUUUCCUUUUUUUCUUACCUUUUUCUUUUUCUUGUCUCCCAUUAUCAUCAUCAUCAUCUUUAUUAUUAGUGGACAUUAUUAUUAUCGUUAAUAUUAUCAUUAUCAUUACUAUUAUUAAUGAUAUAAGCUAGACAGGUUUACUAGCGACGAUUAUGGCGUUUAGGAUUCUUUAUAACUUGUGUUUUCAUAGCCCUUUGUCUCGCUUUUGUUUCCUAGGAAUCUUCAAGUGAUUGACAACCAACGUACUCUCACCCAGCUCUCUCACAGAUUGGAGCCCAGGAAAACAUAAUACUACUGCAACAUCCGGGAAACUGAACGUGCAGAACGGCUUUGAAAUCGAUUAACACUAACAUUCUUUACUUGCACUCUUUAGUAACUGAAACACCAAGUAACUAAAAAUUAAUAUUUUAUGUAUGUCUCUAGCCGGAUUUUUGAAAACGUUUGCGCCAAAUAUACCCCCUCUUCCGUCAAACAGUUUUUCUUUUCUCGGUCUCUAUAAGUAGCCAUUAUGAAAACUAGAGUGCAGCCAUUGCUUGUUUCCCUUCUCCUGCUUUCUUCCUUCUCUCUCCCUCUUAAUUUAAUUCUCCUUUCCUUUUCCUUCGCAAGUGUGAUUUUCGAGCUUAUCGUUUUAGCCCUUUUUUAAUCAAGCUGCAAAUUUUGCUGGGUUCGUUUUCAAAUAAUCGGCGAGAUAUAUUUUGACAUGAAGUCCUAUCGUUUUGAGGAUGGCAAUGAAGCACUUUUCACAGUGGAUUCAAGCGCCAAGAUUUGUUAAAGGCGAAUGUUUAGUAACAGGUUUUUCCGCAUUAGUAACGCUUCCCACGGACUAAAAAUUUCACUCUCACUGGAUCAUCAUCUGAUAUAACUGGAUCAUCAUCUGAUAUAUCUGGUCCAUUUGAGUGACGUGAACACACGAGGACGACCUCCUUUCUCCUUUUUUUGUUUUCACUUGAAUGCAUCUUCUUAAAAUUCUAAAAGAAAUCACUUGCUUUUGGCAAAUUGAGUGAGGUAAAGUAACCGUAAUGAAGUUUGAAAGAACUUAGUCUCGUUUUUACUGCCCUCGCGACUUUCGCGGUUGCGUGAGCUCUCUUAACAAUGACGAGGUACACGCAGAUAAUAAUUCACUUUUGGUAGUAUGUAGAAAAUGCUUGUUUAGGCACGUGUGAUUGGUACUCUUUUGCCGCACAAAACCUUGGAACAUAGAGGAAGUGUGCAGUGGAGAAGUGCUUCUUGGUGACAUCACCAUGCAGUUUAAGUCGGGUCCAGGCUUCGGGCAAAUAUAAAAUCCAGGCAUGAGUUGAAGAUCAGAGGAAUUAAAAAGAAAACAUAUAAAAGGCCCAACGUUCUGUAAAUAUUCCAAUCAGGGUUGCUUAUUUUGUUCAGAUGAACGUUAGACCCUCUAUGAAAUAACAUUUAUUAAAAAAUGAAUUCAUUUGUUUAAACUAAAGCGGCUCCGGCUUCUCAGAUAUUUUAUGACAAAAUUUUAUUAACUAUUCUAGUAUGGAGAUAAAAUGGAACAGAAACUUGUAAGACAAACUGUCUUCAAAUAAAAUAAAAUAAAAGUGCA